AUGAAAGACUCUGCCAAGGGUAUGGAGGAAGGCCUCCAUCCCGAGCCUCACUACGAUGAUCCCAAAGCCAUACAGGGAGAGAUAUUGGGAACUCACAACACCAACACUCAGCGAGGCUUAAGCUCCCGUCAUAUUCAGUUUCUUGCGCUUGGUGGUUGUAUUGGCACAGGCUUAUUUGUUGGUAGUGGAGCAGCACUAUCGACUGUUGGUCCAGCUCCUUUGCUUAUGGGCUACAUCGCCAUGUCCACUGUUGUUUAUUUCAUUAUGAACAUGCUGGGAGAAAUGACUACAUACCUUCCUGUCCGCGGCGUCUCAGUGCCCUAUUUCAUCAAUCGGUUCACGGAGCCUAGCCUUGGAUUUGCCGUAGGAUACAAUUACUGGUACUCUUUCUCGAUGUUACUUGCUUCUGAAGUUACCGCAGCUGGUCUUGUGAUUGAGUAUUGGCCCUCUUCAAUUAGCGUUGGAGUUUGGAUUGCAAUUAUUCUUGUUGUGAUUCUAUUCCUCAAUAUCGUUGCAGUCUCAUGGUACGGCGAGGCAGAGUUUUGGUUUGCAUCGCUCAAGAUCAUCGCUAUCGUCGGCCUCAUCAUCCUGGGCAUCGUGCUAUUUUUCGGCGGAGGCCCCAGCCAUGAUCGUCUUGGUUUCCGAUACUGGCAGCAUCCAGGCGCAUUCGUGGAACCCUAUUUGGUACCGAAUGUCAACACUGGUCGUUUCCUUGCAUUUUGGACGGCCCUCAUAAAGUCCGGCUUCUCUUUCAUUUUCUCUCCAGAAUUGAUCACCACUGCCGCUGGUGAAGCUGUUGCUCCUCGCCGCAACAUUCCCAAAGCCACAAACCGCUUUAUCUACCGCCUCUUCGCGUUCUACGUUUUGGGCAGCUUGGUUAUCGGAGUCACAGUUGCUUAUAACGACAAGAGCCUCCUACAAGGCGUUGCGAGUGGUAGCUCUGGUGCUGGUGCCAGUCCCUUCGUGAUUGGAAUCCAAAACGCCGGAAUAGCUGGACUGAACCACGUUAUCAAUGCUGCCAUAUUGAUAUCUGCUUUCUCGUCGGGCAACUCUUGGGUUUACGCUGGCUCCCGUACUCUCUACUCCAUGGCAUGUGAGGGUCAAGCACCUAAAUUCUUUACCCGGUGCAAUAAGAACGGAGUACCUUACAAUGCAGUUCUGAUAACGUGGUCAAUUGGCCUUCUUUCCUUCCUCAACCUAUCUGCGUCCGGUUCAACGGUCUUUUACUGGUUCACCAACAUCACUACAAUCGGAGGAUUUAUCUCCUGGGUACUUGUUGGCGUCGCUUAUUUGCGAUUCCGUGGUGCUUUGCAAUUUCACGGGCUACUCGAAUCAAGGCCUUUCAAGACGCCUUUCCAACCCUACGGUACAUAUUAUGCCAUGGGUUUCAUCUCGCUACUUGCAAUCACCAAUGGCUAUACAGUAUUCUUCCCUGGCUCAUUUACUGCCUCAGACUUUCUUGUCUCCUACAUCGUGUUUGUGAUCUUCUUUUUGCUAUACUUUGGCCACAAGUUCUAUUACAAGACCCCAUGGAUGGUCAAGGUGUCUGAGAUUGAUAUCUUCAGUGGCAAGGAAGAGAUCGAUAGGCUGGAAGAAGAGGACAUUGAGCCUCAUCCAAGGAACUGGUUAGAACGAGUAUGGUGGUGGAUAGCAUGA